UUGACGGCUGCUGAAAUCACAAUGGCUGAUCGCUUUCCCAUCGACGUCCGAAUUAACGGCAUAAUGUACAAAGAGAAGACCAAAAUGUACAUGACAUCCGUGCUGUGGUCGGAUCAGACCGAAGUGACCGUGUGUAGAUCCCUCCAGGACUUCAAGGAAUUUCAUAAGCGACUGAAAAAACAAUUUGCAGUGGAUAAUCAACGAGAGAGAGUGCUCCCCAGAUUCAGAGGUCAAAUGCUAAGGAUGAACUUUCAGAAGUCCCCAGCUAUGCAUGUACGUCGUGGAAGGGCUCUGGAGAAGUACUGCACUGAGCUUCUGAAAUGUGACCCCAGCAUCAGUGGUGAGGCAGAAGUCAUUCAGUUCUUCCUUCCCAAAGAGCAGGAGUUGCAGCCAGAGUUUGUGCAGAACAGUGUGAUGAUUUUUCAACCAGAAGCUGUCCCUAAUGGCUUGGCCAGUAGAAAGCUAAGCUCUGGGAACGUGACGCAGCCGUAUGUCACCCAAACAUAUCGGUGUGUGGCUCCAUAUGAGACGAAGGACACUAAUAAUAGACCAUUUAAUGUUGCUGUGAAUGAAACACUGGAUGUUCUCAUCAAAGACCAAGCAGGAUGGUGGCUGGUGGAAAAUGAGUCCAAAUGUUUAGCCUGGUUUCCUGCUCCCUUCCUGGAGAUAUGUGAGGACGAAGAAGAAGAUGAUGAACUGGAUAACGCAGCUGCUCAAACUCCUCUGUACUGUGCUGCAAGGAGCUACACUGCUAAAACAAGAGAUGAGUUAUCAGUGGCCAUUGGCACCAUACUGGAGGUGUUGCAGAAGUCUGACAAUGGCUGGUGGCUUGCUAGAUACAAUGGGAAGACAGGCUAUGUGCCCUCCAUGCACCUGCUGGCCGUACACGGACCCGAUUACGACAGAUCCAACAGCUGCUCAGACAGCAUUUGCAGCAGCAGUGAUGGCAUGGACGUCAGAUUCCACUCCGUCAGUUCUAUGGGCUCGAGCUUUGAGGAUGAGGAGGACACAGGAAAGCCAGAAAGCGAUUCAGAAUCUGACAGCGCACACAGUGGCGUGUCUGGGGAACCGCCAAGCCCUACCGAUUCAGAAAGCGGCAGACUGCCAAGAAUACCACCUCGUCCACGCACCCGAGAGAUCCUCAGACGCUGCACCACCUACACCCGCAAAGCUGCCCUGGCAACCCAGUCCCAGCUAUUCCCUGAAAGAUUUGGCCCUAACAAUUAG